AUGUUCCGGGCGCCCGAGUUUUAUUCGAGGAGAAGGAGGCGGUUGGACCUUCAGGCGCCUUCGGGGAUGGAUCAAUUGGGAUUACAAUUAGGGAUGUGGUACUGGAAAGAUGAAACCAGAACUCUUGAAUUCAGAAGUUUUACAUCUUCUGUAGAGCUCAAGGAAAAAGGAAAGAAAGGCAAAGCAGUUCACUUUGCUGAAGUUGAUGGCCCAGCUUCAGACAGGUUGACAGAUAAAAGGUCUGCUACAAGAGAUGAUAAGUCAACUAAAGCCUUAGAGAAACGAGGUCAGCAGGGCAACGUUACACUGGAUGAUGUUAAAUUUGUUGCCUUGCUUUUGCUUCAAGAUACUGAGAUGCAGCGGAUCUGUUCUUUUACAACAUUUAUGAGGAAUAAGAAUCUUGACAAUUUCCUCAUGGCAUUAUUGUACUAUUUAUCUCAUUACUUGGAAAAAAACUCUUUGGAAAAGAAACCCAAAAGCUAUAUGGUGGGUCUCGUAGAGAAGAAAGAGAUGGAAUUGGUUUUAAGUAAGUUAGAAGCAGCACAGACAUACUUGGCGCAGCAGUACUGUGUCCUUGUGCUGGGCUUGGGCAUGCCUGAUAAACAUCACAUGUGUUGUGGAAAGGAGAAAAUAUCAGAUACACAAAAGGAUUGGAAAUUUUUUGAGUCCUUUUACACCUUCUGUACAUAUGUGGCUUGGAUUGUUUUCCGACGUCAACACUUCACAGAAAUUGAGGAAGAAGUAGGGAGGCUCUUUCGUAGCAAUAUGUUCAACAUUCCUCGAAGGAAGCGUGAAGAUGAAGAAUCAGGGGGGGAAAAGAAACGCAUGACUUUUGUACAAUUCAGGAGAAUGAUGGCAAAACGCCCAGCGAUUAAAAAAGCCAUUAACAUGCGCUCUCCAGUCAUGUCUACUCUGCUGCCAUCUCUCAGAGAAAAAGCUCAGAACAUCACUGAGAAAAAGUAUCAUCAAGCAGGCUUCAAACUUCCAGCCCAGGUGCAAAAGCACAUGGAAAGUCUGGACUCUGUGCCCAUGCCAGUAGUUGGCAUCUUGGGGGAGCCUCGAUGUCUAUUCAAUCCCCAUACCCUUCUCCCCCUUGAACCAGAAGAAAACAUGAAACCACCUGGGAGACGUCCUUCCCUGAUAGAAAGAAACAACAUGAUGAUUCAGGACACACUGGACUUAGUCAUGAGAACACUCUCCUCUCAAACAACAUUCCCUAAAUAA